AUGGGAUUUCUUCUACAGAAUGGUUUCUCCGCGUCGAAGGCUGAUGUUUCUCUCUUCAUUAAACAUUGGGAUAAUCACAUCCUCUUGGUUCUCAUUUAUGUAGAUGACAUAUUGGUCACUGGGUCUGAUACGGGGUCCAUCGCCUCUCUCAUUCAAUCCAUGAGCUCCAUCUUUGCUGUUAAGGACUUAGGUGAUCUUCAUCACUUUCUUGGUUUGGAAGUUCAUCGGCACUCUACUGGCAUUUUUCUCUCCCAACGGCGAUACACUAUGGAUCUCUUACGUCGUGCCAAGAUGGAUGGUGCCAAGCUUAUAUCCACCCCUAUGUCUGCUUCUUGCAAGCUCAGUAAGUCCUCUGGUGGUCCAAUCUUUGAUCCUUUGUUAUUUCGUAGUAUUGUGGGUGCCUUGCAAUAUCUUACCUUCACAAGGCCUGACAUUGCCUUUGCUGUAAGCAAAUUAUGCCAAUUUCUGCACAAUCCUCUCUCGAAACAUUGGAUGGUCGCCAAGAGGAUCUUACGCUAUCUGAAAGGCACUCUCCCCUUUGGUCUCCACUUCUCUCCAUCAGACACUCUACGAUUACAGGCCUUCUCUGAUGCAGAUUGGGCUGGGUGCCUAGAUGACCGACGCUCUCAAAGUGGAUUCUGCAUUUUCAUGGGUCAUAACCUCAUAUCUUGA